GCAGCCGGCCGAGCAGCCCGAGCCGGCCGCGCCGGCGCAGGUGCCCGACGUUGCCGAGCGUCCCGUCGAGCGGAAGGUGCGGUUCCGCUCCUCCGACGCCGGCGACACGGACCUGCGGCGCGCGAUCGAGCUCAGCCUGAUGGAGCGGCAGGCGUCCGGCAGCGUGGCGGCUAGCGGCAUCUCGCGCGAGGAGCAGGAGAUCGCCAAGGUCCUGGAGGCCAGUAUAGCCGACCAGAACGCCGGCUCGAAACGGAAGCGGGGCGCCCCCUGGGUGGACUCGAUCAACCCCCAUGACUGGAGGAGAGAGGGCAACUGGCCGGUGGGGCUCAAGAACGUGGGCAACACGUGCUGGUUCAGCGCCGUCGUGCAGUCGCUGUUCCACCUGCCGGCCUUCCGCGGCCUGGUGCUGCGCUACCGGCCGGUGGAGCGAGAGCGGACUUCGCCGGAGGAGCAGCGCACAGCCCAGUUCAUGCUGGAGCUGCGGCGGCUGUUCGCGCUGCUGGUGGCCUCUGAGAAACGCCACGUCGACCCGAGGGCCGCCGUGGAUCUGCUGAAGAAGGUGCUGGACGGCGGUGCGACCGACUCUCAGCAGGACAUCUCAGAGUUCACGCACAAGCUGCUGGAGUGGCUCGAGGAGGCCUUCAAGUACGCCGACACGGACGCGGAGAGCGGCCGGGGCGACCGCAGGUCCCGCAACCCCAUGAUCAGCCUGUUCUACGGCCAGCACAAGACGGAGGGCGUCCGGGACGGUCUGCCGUACACUCAGACGGAGACGUUCGGCCAGUUCCCGCUGGCCGUGGUGCCCGGCCAGGACCUGCACCAGGCGCUGGAGGCGUCGGUGGCGGCCGGGCCGGACGCGGCCGCCAGCGACGCCGCGGCGCCCGGACCGCACCAGUGGUUCACCGUGCUGCCGCCCGUGCUGCUACUCGAGCUCAGCAGGUUCCACUUUGACCAAGCGCUUGGCCGGACGGAGAAGAUCCACGACCGGCUGACCUUCCCGAUGGAGAUGUACAUGGACCGGUACCUGGAGAUCAACAAGAACAUCGUGACCGUGAAGCGCGCCGAGAUCGCCCAGCUGCGGCAAACGCGCCACCAGCUGCAGCGGCGCCUGGACCAGUACCUGUCGUUCGGCGCCUCAGCGCCCCGUCUGCCUCUGUCCCGCCUGCUGCGCCACGCGCUGCAGUACGCGCGCGGCUCUGUGAGCGAGCCGCUGCUGGACGUGCAGGACGUGGAGAUGGAGACGGCCACCUCCUCGUCGGUCACCAGCAUGCUGGUCGACUCUCCGAGCAGCAGUCCGCGGCCGGCGCGGAGGGCCGCCAGCCAGCCCAGCAUGCCCUCAACGUGUUCGCCGGCUGUGGCCGAUGCGGUGCCGACGAGACUGGCGGCCUCCGAACAGGACGGGCCGCGUAGCUCCGAGUCGGCGCUGGGUCCGACGCACACCUCCGCUGAGGAGAUGGCUGUGGUGCAGCGUUGCCUGGAGCGCUGGACCCAGGAGGUGGACAGGGAGGUGCGAGAGCUGAAGCGACAAAUUCGCGAGAUCGAUGCCAAGAUCGACACCAUGUUUGACGAGCCAGGCCUGCGGCAGGUGCCUUACCGGCUACACUCGGUGCUGGUGCACGAGGGCCAGGCCGUGUCCGGGCACUACUGGGCCUACGUGUUCCAUCCGCAGCGGAAGAUCUGGCUCAAGUUCAACGACAACACGGUGACGGCGGCGACGUGGGACGACCUGUGCCUGGAGAGCGUCGGUGGCCACCACAACACGUCCGCCUACUGUCUGGUCUACAUUGACGUCAACCGGCACGAACUGAUGGACGAUCGCACCCAGGUGGACAAGGAGUCGGGCAUGGUGGACGCGGAGGACGAGGCGCAGCGGCUGCCGCUGCCCCUGCAGCAGUACGUGGACGAGCACAACCGGGCCUUCCAGACGGAGCUGGAGACCUGGAACUCAGAGCCGCAGCCGUCUGACGACAACACCCAGAGCAUGGACAGCGCCGACGCGUUCGGCGGCGGCAGUUCGGGCGAUCAAGCGAUGCCUGACCCGGCCGAGCGCACCCAGUGGGAGGAGCUGAGCGCGCGCCACGCGGCAGUCAGCCUGCCGGCCACGCUCGAGCUGCUCAAGGCCACGGUGGCCGAUGCGCCCGGCUCCAGCGCCCGCCACUGGAUCUGCGAGGCGCUGGGCAAGGCGCAGGCGCAGGCCCGGGAACGGUGCGGCGCGAUGGACGCCGACCCGAACUGCGACUACCGUAUGGACAGCAUGCCCGUCUACCUGGUCCGCAACGGCGCGCGUGACGUGCCAGACGUGCGGUGGCUGCUGCUCGAGCACUUCACACACCCCACCGUCCGCGUUGUGCCCGCCUUGCGCGAUCUGUACCAGGCGGCCAGUCUGGAGCUGGCCCGGCUGGUGGAGCAGCGCUCGGAGGAGGAGCGGCUCCGCUUCCGCAGCUGGCAUGUGCACUACAGCGAGUUCCGCUGGGUCGCCUGGUCGACCGUGCUUGGCCUCGGUCACCUGGCCAAGGGGAGGUACACAGAGUCGCUGCUGUACCUGAUGCAGGCGUGCACCAAGAACGACAAGCUGAUAGCGGAGCAGGCCGACGGACGCACGGACCUGGGCCUGGACCCGGACCAGCUGGCCAACUUCCGGCGACAGGCCGUCCGGGGGCUGAACAAGCACACGGUGGAGAUGUUCCUGUCCGGUAAUCCGGCGGAAGCUACUCAGCUGACGCAGGAGGGCACCGUCCCGGCCCUGGUCGACCUAGCGAAGUCGGAGAGGGAGCAGGACCGGGUUGCCGCCGAAGACGUCCGGAACAAGUGGUGCAAUCUGCUGGAGCAAACGCUGGACGAUGGUCGCCAGCAUGCGCUCCAGACAAUCAUAACACAGUUGAUAGAGCCAGUCGCCGAGCGUGAGCGGCCGAUGGUCCCCAUCAAAGUGCAGGGCACGGAGCAGCUGGCCCAGCGGUAUCGGGAGGCCCUCAGCCGGCUCAAGCAGGACGGCUAGACGCUGCAGCCCGGCGCCGACGUGUCGCUGCUGCUGGCCGGCUGCCGCUCGCCGCCUCACCACUGUCGCGAGUGCGGCGUGCUCGCCGACGAUCCCGUCUGCGACUGCGCGCCGGCCGCCGGUGACGGCGAGGCGCU